AUGUCGGGCCCUCCCAGCUUCAACGGCAGACAAGCUUCAGCCGCCAGCAGAUACCCCUCUUCCAACGGCGCUCCUGCGAUGGGGUUCUAUCCUCCCAACGGCAGCGGCGUUGGUGCUGGCGCUCCUCACGACUCGUACUCUGCAUCUCCAAAACCCGCAUUCUCGUUGCCACUGGAUACUCCAGCAAUUCAGCUGCAGGAUGCUCCACUCGCCAGUCCCAGCUCGGCCUCUUACAGCCACAACCAAGAUACUUCCUUUGCUUCUUCCUCCACUUCCUCUCAACCAUCCGGCUCCAGAUUCCGCCGCGCGAGACCCGACACCGAAGAGAUCAAGCGCGUCGGUCGGUCACACUAUAUCGAGCUGCUUGGCUUCCUGCGAAGCCACCUCGCCAAAGUCGAGCAGACGGCACCACGCUCCAACGCACGUGAGAAACUAACCCGCCUCAGCAAGCAGCAGUUUACCGAACUCUCUACCGACGUCUACGACGAGCUCAUGAGGCGCCAAAACAACGCCAAGAACGGCAACAGCCAACCUUUUCUCGCCGUCCGUGACGAGUUUCAUCCCAAGCGCAACCAGGCCCGACAGAAGCUAGCAACCUUGCCCAAGAAUCGUUUCAAGGACCUCGCCUCGGAUGUCUUCUUCGAGCUCGAGCGAAGAUUCCCAGAACUCAAGCAAGAGUUCCGCCAAGAGGCCAUUGCACGCGAAAAGGAGCGCGAGCAACAGAUGCGUCGCGAGGCAGAAGCAGCACUCCAACGCAAGGAUUCCAUGGGCCAACCACAGCCAUCCACCUCCGACCGUAUCGUUCCCGCAAAGAGCACGCUCGUCGAAGAAGACAUUGCCGUACCCUACUCGGCCAACGGUUCCAAACUUGGCGGCAACCGCAGCAACGACAAUGAUGGCUUUUCAGAGCGCGUCUCAUCUCCCCUCCGCGACUCGACCGGAUCCAACGGCGUCAACGGCAUUGCGGAUAACCGCAGCACCAUGUACAGCCAGGCCAGCAGCAUUGGCACUGGCUUCUUCAACGGCUACACAGGCAGCGUUGCAAGCCCCAACUUGGGUCGUGGUAGCGCCUUUGAACUGUCGGAUGUCUCGUCCACCGCCAUGGAAAAGAUGCGCUCCGACUACGAGCUUCGCAUCGCCAAGCUUCAGCAGCAGGUCAGCUCGCUCGAAUCCCAAAUUUCAGAUGCAGGUCCUCGCGCGCGCAAGGCCGAUGAGCUUGCUGGUCGCAACGAGGAGCUCGACCGACAGCUCACGCAAUUACGAGCCGAGCUCGACGAAGCAAAACGAAAGCAUCAGGGCGACCGUGAGCAUCAUCGCACUGAGCUCGACUCGGUCAAGAAGGAAUUGCUCGAAAAGGAACAAGUGGGCGGCCACGCCGAUUUUGAGGCGCUGCAAAAGGAGCACGCGCAACAGGUCGAGGUGGUCAGCGAGCUCAAACAAGAAGUGAGCAAUCUGUUGGAGGAGCUGCGUGAACUUUCGGCGCGGAACGACGAGAUGCAGGCCGACAGAGACAACGACGUUGUGGUCAUCAAGGAUCUCAACGCGCAGAUGGCCAAUUACAAGCGUCUCUACGAGACUGCCAAGACGGAACUGCGCAACCUCAAAGCCACCUCGCAGCUGUACGUCCAGCCGCCCAAAGCAGACGACUUUUUCCCCGCGUCGGACAGAGGAGCUAUCGCAGAUGUCAACCUCACCGCCUUCCAGAGCUCGAUCGAUGAGCUUCUGGCAGCCGCGCGGUCUAAGACGCCCGGCAAUGUUUUGCUCUCGAUGAAGACGGUGGUGCUUGCGACGACACUCGUGACGGACGAUGUGGCCAAGUACGAACAAAUCCCAGCCAAUCUUGCUGAACUCUCGAACGAGGACCAGGAGCAGUUGAUGGCGCUCAAAUCCAAGUGCUCCGCGACGCUCAACAACCUGAUGACCGCAUGCCGCAACCACGCCUCAUCGCACGGUUUGUCGCCGGUGAGCUUGCUUGACGCGGCUGCAAGUCACGUGUCGGCGACGAUUGUGGACCUGGUCAAGCUGCUCAAGGUGCGCAAGGCGAGUAAGACCGAGACGGACGAGUUCCAAGCCAAGUUUGGAGAAGACACGAUGGCAGCGCGUCUCAAGCCACUGCACAUCAACGCGCAGGCGGCGAAUCGGGAUGCGAGCGCUACUCUGUCGCCCAACACGGCCAACUCGUACAGCUUUGCCAGUCUCAAUCCAAGCUCAGCGGCUGGCGACGAUCGUUUUUCGCCUCGCAUCCGGAACAGCCCGACGAUGGGCCGCUACUCGCCCAUCGGGUACAAGGCCGAGACGAUCCGCAAGGAUUCGGGUGGAGACAACCAGUGGCGCAGCCGGGCAACGUCGAUCUCAUCGGUGGGCAGCGCCAACGCGAGCACGCCGAACAUGUCCAACGUGCCCGAGAUGCCCAACUUGUACGGAGCUAGGCGUUUCGUGAGCGACUCAUCGCCAUCGCCACUGGCAGGCGCGAGAACGACGACGACGAGCGAGGCCAAUGGAGCUCUACCGCGCAGUGGAGCCGUGUCGCCAUCUCCGCUGUCGAACGACAGCCAAGUGCAGAGGUCCGAGACGUACGAUAGUUUGCAGACGGUAACGUCGGCGAGUGGCAGUGGGUUCGGAAGCCAGAAUGGCGAGGAGAACUGGUCGGAGCUGCGCAACUACAUUGAGGUGCAGACGGAAGCGAUCGUGCACUCGAUCCAGGCGCUGCUCUCUGCAAUCCGCGAAGGUGCGCAGGGUGUACAGCUAAGCGAGAAUCUGACGCAGAUCACGACGAUUGUGUCGUCGAUCGUGGCCAUCUCCAAGGGCAACUUGCCUGCCAAGAGCAAGGCCGAGGGCGGGAAGAUCUUGGACGAGUUGACGGACAACUGCGAAAAGCUGAGCGAGAUGCAAAGCCACGAGACGUUUGACAAGAGCACCAAGUCGACCAUGGCGAGCGCCUCGUACGGUGUGGCGAAAGGGUUGAAGGCGCUCAAUGCGUUGUUCAACGAUGCAGAUCUGUCGCAAUAG